GAGUCCCCUUCUACAUUCGUAGACUUUGCCCUAAUAAAACACUGCAAAUUUCGAACUUACUCACCGCCGUUUCUCUCUCGCCCAAAUUUUCUCGUCGGCCAUCCGCAGCUAAUCUGGUGCAAAUGAGGGGAAGGAGUUACAGUCCAUCACCGCCAAGAGGUUAUGGAAGGAGAGGAAGGAGCCCAAGCCCCAGGGGUCGCUAUGCUGGUCGUAGCAGAGAUGAUCCGACUACUCUAUUAGUUCGCAAUCUUCGCCAUGACUGUCGGUCAGAAGACCUCAAAAAGCCAUUCGGGCAAUUUGGCCCUGUCAAGGACAUUUACUUGCCGCGGGACUAUUAUACUCGUGAACCACGUGGCUUUGGAUUUAUCCAAUAUCUGGAUCCUGCUGAUGCUGGAGAAGCUAAGUAUCAGAUGGAUGGUCAGGUUUUCCAAGGUCGUCAACUGACAGUAGUUUUUGCUGAGGAGAACAGGAAAAAGCCUCAAGAAAUGAGAGCUAGGGAGCGUGGAAGUGGUAGGGGUGGCCGCAAUUAUGAUCGAAGGGGUACUCCCCCUAGAUUCCAUAACUCUCCUCGGUAUUCUCGAUCUCCACCUCCAGGCAGCCGUGAUUACUACUCUCCACCUAAGAGAAGGCAGUACUCGAGGUCUGUUUCGCCUGAAGAGAAAAGAUACAGUCGCGAGAGAUCAUACUCUCCUCGUGCUGGUCAGGGGAGGUCAUACUCGCAAUCCCCUCCAAGGGAGCAAUCUCCACCAUACAAUGGGUCAAGGAGCCGCAGUCAGAGUCCAGUUAAGGAGCAGUCUCCACCUUAUAAUGGGUCAAGGAGCCGCAGCCGAAGUCCAGUCAUUGCACGUUCUCCUGUUAGGGGUCCCAGCAGGAGGCGGAGCCCAAGUCAAAGCCGUAGUAGGAGUCCUGAUGCUGUUCAUUAUUCCAGGAAUCCUGACCGUGAUGUGUCCCCUAGACACUGAACGCUCCUUGUGUUGAUGAAUGCUGCAGUUUGAAAGACACGUGAUUUUCUGUCAUUAAAUUACAUCUCAGGGUAUUCUGGAGUUGCUAGUAUGACUCAUGGAUUAUUUUCUCGACUUGUUUCUUUGGCUUGUUUGUACUUUAGUAGUACUGAUGAUUGGAUAACAUUCUGGAGUUUCUCUUUUUCCAUGUGACAUUUGACUGAUGUUCGUUAGACGGGCCA